AUAAGGAAUGCAUUGGUUCCUUGAAACAUAGUCAACCAGCAACUAUCCUCAACAAUGAAUACCCACAUUCUCUUGGUAGCCCUUUGCUUCGUCUUCUGCAGCGAACUAGUUGCGGCAAAGAGCCUUAAUAAGAGAUCUCCUGAAUCAAACUCUAUGAACGAAGAAGAUUUGGUCAAAGUCGAUGAAGAAGUGGAUGCCCUCAAUGAAGGUGAGGAGGAUGUCAUGCGCAAAAGAAGAAAUGCAGCAUAUGAGGAACCAGAAGCAGUGAUGGAAGGAGAGGAAUACGUCCCUCCGGCCGAGGAGAGAAUGGGAGAGGAAGAAGAAACCCCAGAGGAACUCAUGACUAAAGGAAAGAUAAUGGAAGACGUGGGAAUGGAUGUGGAGGAUUUGGCAUUUGAAGAGGAAAUGGCAGAGAUUUUUUAAGCAAUUCUGCAAAGGAUACUUUAGUUUUGGUAUUUAUUAAUUUUUUUCCAAGCAGUUAUUUUCUUUCAUUAAAAAUAUUCUUACACACAA